ACGGUUUUAUGAACAUACUUUAUUUUAUAUAAAAGAUAGUACUGUUAUACAAUUAACACAUUUAGCCCUCUCGCGAUCAAGAUGAAGUUGUCGUUGGUUUUAGCUUUAGCUGUUUACAUCUCUCACUCUGUUGCAGAUGAAAUAUCCGAUUACGUAAAUUGGAGAUAUGACAAUGAUACGAUACCCGAGAUGUUGCCGAGAAAUAUGCGAGAAAAGAGUGACGAAGAAAUUGGAAAAGCUGUUUAUAAUGCGUACUCAAAUCAAAUUAGAGUUGUCUCUGAAUACAGUGGUCAUGUUUAUGACCCCCCAUUUCCAUUAGGAUAUUUAAAAAAUGAAUGUCCCGUACCGAAUACACACACAUAUCAAUCAGAAAAUGACUUGAUCGAAACUAAUGUCGAAUGGAAAGAGGCCAAUAUUAGAGGAAGCUAUUAUUAUUCAAAUACCACAUACUUUGAUCAAGGAAACUAUCAUAUUCAAUUAGAGAACUUAAAAUACCAGGCGAAUACGCCUCUUUCCGAAAACACCAUGAAAUAUCCAGCUUCAGUGCCAAAAUCGAGCAUUUCAUAUGAAACUGUUAAAGCUUCAUUUUCAGGAAACAUUAAAGAUGUGACAAACGUCAACGACUUGUAUAAUCUAAAAUACUUCCUGGAAGAGGUCGCUUCCCAACACAUCGCUGAUAGUGUAGCGAAAUCCAUGCAGCCUAACAUUUCUAUCGCAGUCAGACAAGCAAUUAGACCUUACAUCAUGUUCAAGAACGUGUCGGAUCCGCAUUUCAAAGGAUUUACUGCCAGUACGGCUUCGGGUAUACAACUCGUGGUCGACGACGUCUUCACUAAUGGUUUAAACCAAACCAAUCAAAGGGUAAAAAAUAUGGUCGCUGACAUGGCUAACAAGAAAUUGAUAUCGACAACCGAGUUGGUGAUGCAUUAUUUGAGCGGCACUUUCCGAAUGCAACUCACCAGAGACAGCAAACAGUACACGGGUUAUGUUAUGUUCGAGAUCGAAAACAUCAACGUAGUUCCAACCAUCAAUAUGUUCAAUCGUGACGAAUGCACCGCAAACACCAACAUUAAAAACGUCAGAGUUAAGGUUGAUCCUGCAGAAUUCAACUUGUCCAAAGAUGAUGAGGUGGAAGUAAACAGUGUUGUAGUGGACGAAUUUAUUAAAACCCUCAAGAAAAAAUUCAACAACACCGUUUGCAUAGCUUUAGGAGACAUGCUUAACUCCAAGGCCGGAAACUAUUAAUCGCAUACAUUUUUUAGGUAAUCCAGAUAAUCCGUUUACUAAGAAUUUUUGUAAUUUAUACAUAGGUAUAGGUGGUCCAUUGUGAAAGGGUUACAGGCGUUGAAACUCUACUUUGUAAACUAUUUCAAAGAUUUUUUCCAUUUAUUACAGUUGAUUUAUAAGAAAUGCCUAACACUUACCUUUUGUCUCUAAAUAUAUUUAUGAUUAUUGUUAUUACUUAUUAUGUUAUCACUUUUCUUAAGCAAUGCAUUUAAUUUAUAUUUAUAAGGCUGGACCAGACUUAGGUAAGUGUAGUUUGCUGGACCUAUAUACUUUAAUAGAGGUCUAUUUUUAAUAUUUUUUUCCAAAUUUUGUUCUUUAGUAGUCAACAAAAUACUUAUUUCCACAUCGUUUUUUAUAACGCGGGCCUAUGAAAUCGAAACUACACAUGUUUAAAAGUUGUACAUUUUUUAUUUAUUAUAGUAGAAAUAAAUAUUGUCAUUAUUUGUUAAGCUACGAUAACCCGAUAGCAGUAUAUAUUUAAUUUGUAUAUGUACUAAAUUAUUAAAAUAAACAGUAAAAUAAUUUUGUCAAAAAAUAA